UGGUUUUAUCCCCAACAUUCUUGCUGUUAUUGGUAAUGAUACAAGCCUCAAAAGUACUUUCCUGUGUCAAUCACUUCUUAAUGUGCUUCCCUUGCAUCAGCAACACUCCCUUCUCCUCCUGUGCUUUUUACCUAGAACUGUAGCCCUGAAAUUGCAGUGGUGUUUGUGGUAGAUUCAGUGACUCUGUCAGAAUAACACAGACCCAGCUUUUAACCACUGUCUUGGAAUACAACCAACAGGCUGAUUACUUCUCUGUUUCACAUUCUGACUUCUCUUCAUCUCAGCUACAAAUGAUGGAGAACGCCAGUCCAUAGGCUACCAUUCUUGGCAGCAAAAGCCAAGGGGUGGCAGCUAGGAGCCUUGGAAGACCUGGGUGGAUCCUCCUGGCGCUGCCAUCAACCCUGGUUAGGAGACCUCUUUCCUGCAGCCAGGCUCCCAUUUUGACCAUACCGAGGCUGUCUGGUUUUAAUUUAACCCUUCCUUUUUGAGUGGAUUUGUCUUGAAAGGCAUGAAAAGGCUGGGCUCCCAAGCUACCUUACCUCUUCAAGAGCCACGCGAAGCCCGCCUCGCUCCCUUCCCUGCUGCCCAAGGGGACCACAACCGAAAUGAACCUCAACUUCACCUCGCCAGUGCACCCCGUCUCCGCGCCCAGGCCCACAUCCUUCUUCAUCGAGGACAUCCUGCUUCACAAGCCUAAGCCCUUGCGGGAGGUGCCCCCCGAGCACUUCCCCGGCUCCUUGGCCUCUCGCGUCCCCCUCUUGGACUAUGGGUACCCCCUGAUGCCAACCCCGACCCUCCUGGCGCCUCACCCGCACCCUGCCCUGCACAAGCCGGAGCAUCACCAUCACCCCUAUUUCCUCACCACCUCGGGAAUGCCGGUGCCAGCCCUCUUCCAGCCCCACGCUCACGCCGAGCUGCCCGGGAAGCAUUGCCGCCGCCGCAAAGCCCGCACCGUUUUCUCCGACUCGCAGCUCUCCGGCUUGGAGAAGAGGUUUGAGAUCCAGCGGUACCUCUCCACCCCCGAGCGUGUGGAGCUGGCCACGGCUCUCAGCCUCUCCGAGACUCAGGUGAAAACGUGGUUCCAGAACCGGCGGAUGAAGCACAAAAAGCAGCUGCGGAAAACCCAGGAGGAUCCCAAGCACACGGGAAGCGAGGAGAACCGGGAGCAGAGCUCCCCCGAGCCCGAGCUGCCCGAGGCGGCCGGCACCGAGCCUCGCAAGGGCCAUCCAGGCCCAUUCCUGCUCCAGGACCCCGAGGACGAGGUGGACAUCCUGGAGGAGGGGGACCUCUGCGCCGGUCCCCAUCGCCUCUAGUUGCGCAGGGGCCCGGGGCGGCUUUGCCCCGGCCCAGCAAACUGCCCCUAUCUCCCAGCCCUGAGCAGUGCCAGAGGGGAGGGGAUCACGUUUUGGGGAGGAGGUGGUGAUGCGGGAGGAGGCAGUGGUGCUCCGCGGUACCGUCGGCUGCCCCUCGGCACCAG